AUGCCUACCAUGUGGUUGUCAGAUUCCCAAAGUACGUUCUUGACUUCAGCAGCCAGACGGUUCUGGACUAUUUGCGCCGAGUUCAAUCGAUCCACUGAUGAGGUCUCGAAAGGCGGGUUCUUCCUGAUCGGAGGUGUUAUGAUGUUUUUUGAUAGAGCUAUGCUCGCUAUGGGAAAUAUUCUCUUCUUGAUCGGCUUAACUGUUAUAAUUGGACCACAAAAAACAAUGGCGUUCUUUGCGCGGAGACAAAAGCUUAAGGGACCGGAGCCUUUUUCGCUGGACUUGCACUCAUCCUCAUGA